UUCGGGGCGGCGCAGCGAGUGACGCCUCCGCUGCUGUACCGGGGUUAAUAGGAAAAGUUUUGGCCGGACCGAGGAGCCCGAGGAGUCCGGGAGGCGGCAGCGGAGGAGGAGGUUUAGCUGGAGCUGGAGCCGGAGCGGGCAGAGGCCCGGGCAGGAAUGAAGGACAAACAACAAUGAUCAGGCCCAGCUCUAACCUCAUCCAGAAGACUGGUCUCCUUCUGGGGCUUCUGAGAUAGCAACUCCUGAAAGUAAAGGAAAUUAGGAACGAGACAAAAAGGGCAAUGGGGGUUAAGUGACUUGCCCGGGGUCACACAGCUGGGUGCUGCUUGGAUGGUACAAGAAAGUAAAAAAGGAGCCAGUGUGUGAUAACUCAUGGGAGCUUCAUCUGGGGACAUACAUUCCUUUUGGUUCUUUCUCACUGGCCUCUGUUCCCCUCUCAGACUGACAUACCUUGUGCCAUCAUCCCUUCCACAGACCGGGCUAACAGGAAGCCCCCUGUAGAGGUCCACCUGUGAACACAUACAGAUGAUGCCAGAACUAUGACAGGGCCGGCAGGCGUGGCACUGAGGGGUGAUCAGCCAUGGAACAGCUACAAAAGGAAGUACCUGAGAUCAGGGAAAAGGAGGAGAAAGAGGAAGUGGCAGUGACAGUGACGGUGGCAGAAGGAGCUCCAGACCAAAAUGGGGGACCGGAGAGUUCACUUCCUUCCAGCAGCUAUACAGACCUUUCUCAGAGCUCCUCACCAUCGCUGUUGGAUCAGCUGCAGAUGGGCUGUGAUGGUGCCCUCUCCGGAAGCCUUAACAUGGAGUGCCGGGUCUGUGGGGACAAGGCAUCGGGGUUCCACUAUGGGGUUCAUGCGUGUGAAGGCUGCAAGGGCUUCUUCCGAAGGACCAUCCGCAUGAAGCUCGAGUAUGAGAAAUGUGACCGCAGUUGCAAGGUCCAGAAGAAGAAUCGCAACAAGUGUCAGCACUGCCGCUUUCAGAAGUGUCUGUCCCUGGGCAUGUCUCACAAUGCAAUUCGCUUUGGCCGGAUGCCAGAGGCAGAAAAGAGGAAGCUGGUAGAGGGAUUGACCGCAAGUGAGGUGAGCGGGCAGAAUCCACAAGGAGCUGACCUAAAGGCUUUCUCUAAGCACAUCUACAAUGCCUACCUGAAAAACUUCAACAUGACCAAAAAGAAGGCCCGGGGCAUCUUGACUGGCAAGGCCAGCAGCACGCCUCCCUUUGUGAUCCACGACAUGGACACGCUGUGGCAGGCAGAGAAGGGACUAGUCUGGAAGCAGCUGGUGAAUGGGCUCCCCCAGUACAAGGAGAUGAGCGUGCACGUGUUCUACCGCUGCCAGUGCACCACGGUGGAAACAGUGCGCGAGCUCACCGAGUUUGCCAAGAGCAUCCCCAGCUUUGUCAGCCUCUUCCUGAAUGACCAGGUGACCCUACUCAAGUAUGGCGUCCACGAGGCCAUUUUUGCCAUGUUGGCCUCCAUUAUGAACAAGGAUGGACUCCUGGUAGCUAAUGGCAAUGGCUUCGUGACCCGGGAGUUCCUCCGAAGUCUUCGCAAACCCUUCAGUGAGAUCAUCGAGCCCAAGUUUGAAUUUGCUGUCAAGUUCAACGCCCUGGAACUGGAUGACAGCGACUUGGCCCUUUUCAUCGCUGCCAUCAUCCUCUGUGGAGAUCGCCCUGGCCUCAUGAACGUCAAGCAAGUGGAGGAGAUCCAAGACAACAUCCUCAGAGCCCUGGAGUUCCACCUACAAGCCAACCACCCUGAUGCACAGUACCUCUUCCCCAAGUUGCUGCAGAAAAUGGCUGACCUAAGGCAGCUGGUGACGGAGCAUGCCCAGAUCAUGCAGAAAAUCAAAAAAACUGAAACAGAGACCUCACUGCAUCCGCUACUCCAGGAGAUCUAUAAGGACAUGUACUGAACCCUGAGACAAAAGAGCUGCCCAGGGUGGUCUAGGCCACAUGUGAGCUAUCCAGGUACUAAAUACCCUGGUGCUGAAGGACACAUGGUGGGCAGGCCUGAAGGAGCACUGCCCACAUCUCAAUUCCGUUGACUUUGCCCAGAGGCACUUGGCGUUGCUCCGGGAAUAGUCCAAACUUACACUUGUGCUUGUGUGCAUGCUUGUGCAUUCGCACGCAUACACGCACAUACACACACACACACACACACACACACACACUCUCUCUCUCUCUCUUUCUCUCUCUCUCUCUCUCUCUCUCUCUCUCCUCCCUUAUCCCUCUUUGUCUGUCUCUCAGAACCAGGUUUGUAUUAUUUCACCAGCAGACACUAGAACAGGCUUCUACUUUUUUCCAUUUGCUGGAUGAGGCCUGUCUAUUCCCUCUGUUCUACUAGGACAGAAAGGGGGAGGAGGUGCCAAGCUUCUCAGGCUCUUGUUUCAUAAUGUAAGACUCAUGUGUGAGACAUCCCAAAGAAACACUAAGCUGGGUAUAGGCUCUAGGCCUCCUGUGGCCCCUCCCAGCCUUUAGUGAUUGACAAGAUUCCAUUCCCCUUUGGAACCCUAUUAUGCCAUUAAGCUGUCUCCAACUUCCUCUCCAGGUCUCCUGAGAAGUUGGGGGGAUGAGGUUGGGAGUGGUGACCCUUUGGAAAUGGGAAGAAUAUUUAGCCCAGAAGAGGGGCACCCAGCAGAGACCCACGGGAAUUCCUUGCACUGCCUUGGACUUUGUGAAUAGCUAUCCUGGGGUCAGUUACGGACUUUGGCAACAGGCCUCAUCGAUGCCUAGUAUCGUUUCUAUUCUUUUAACUGGUCUUCCAUGUUGGUGUUUAACUGCAGCCUCUGGUGCUGACUGACAUGGGGGUUGGACACUAAUAUUCCCCCUUCACCCUGAUGUCCAGGAGGAGGGCUGGUGGGGCCUCUCUGGGAGCAGCAAGCCCCGGUGUUUGGGGAGGGUUUUAAAAGAUGAACCACAGUCCUGCCUGGAGCAGGCCUUAGGGCUAAUCCCAUCUUGAAGGCCAAGAGUCCCAAGACAGGAGACUAGGUCAGGCCUUCUCCCUCCCACUGUGACAGCUGGUGGGAUACAGCCAUGUCACCCUCCUCCCCCACAUUUCAUUACUAAGUCUUAGCACACACUACCCUGCCCAGACUCUAUAACCAGUACCUAGAUGUCUCAAACAGAGUUUGAGCUGACCCUUCCCCCUUCCUCCUAGGGUAUGGAGAAGCUGGUGCUGGCUCCCCAAGUCCUUAACACCCCCUCCUGCACUCCCAAGAGCCACCAUACUGGUACCUACCCCAAGCACUGAAUUCACUUUAAUCACAGGUUCCAUCCCCUUCCCUUAAACAGCACAGAGCUUCAGGGGCCACACAGGGCUCCCGGCUCCUGGGCUGCUAGACUGGCUGAGCUGCAUUCCCUUUGCUUGAAAGGGUUUAAACAAGAAAUUCCAAGUGAACAGGGCAUUUCUGUUGACUCAGCAGCUGCCCCAGCCUGCCCAACACCAGAUCACAGGGGCCUAACUGAAAGAGUUGGUGACUGGGCAAUGGCUCACUGCCCUGCUGGGCCCCGAGGAGGUCAUACCAGCUUGUUUGGACCAGCUCCACAUCUGGGUGCCUCAUACCUGGCCUGUCCCUCACACUCCCUACCACCAGGAGAGAGGUCAGGGCCAUUUUUUAAAACCGUAGCUUCUCCUACCUUUGAGGUAGGUCCCAAGGUCUAGGGCACAGUCUAGGACUACUCCUAGGAAGUCAUACCUAGAAACAGCAGACCAUCCAUUCCAACUCCUAGAGGGGGAAAAUUAUUGGCCUAGGGUCAUAUGGGGAAACCUGGGACUGGAACCAAGGUGGGGGAAGGGUCAAAGCUGGGCUCCUACAGACUAGAAGACAGUUGGGAGCACUGGCGGUGGGGCCUCUCAGGCUGCUGGCAGCCUUGGGUUAAUCAGUUGUGUGUGUGGUGGGGGGAACAGAUGAGAAAAGGAAGAAAGGAAGUCCCAGCUACUUUACCCUCUCCCUGUUCUUUAUGCUUUUUUUGGGAGGGGGAGGAACCAGACCACCCCAUCCCUUCUUUAUUCUGUCUCCUCCAAGUCCUCCCCUGGCUUGGGUUUGGGGUCAGAAGUGCCCGAGGCAGGACCUCCAGGCUCGCCCCUCCCCAUGCCUCAGGGCAGGCGCCCUGGAACAGCUUUGCACACUCCCCGGGAGGGCCCUGCCCUUGCCUGAUGCUGUGAAGGAAGACACUGUGCCUGACCCUCCGACCUUUCCCUCCCUCAGCCCCCACCGUGCAGAUGCUUGUGUCAUAACAAUCUCCAAAAUUGAAAUGUAUAUUUUUGCUAGGAGCCCCACCUUCCUUUGUUUUUAAUAUAAAUAGUGUACACAGAUUGAUGGAACUCUAAAUAAAUGGGAAUUAAAUAUUUAAGAGCUG